GGCGGUGGGGAGUGGCGGGGGCGGAGACAGUGGGCGGGGGCGCGGUGCGGGCCGGAGGGGUGUGUGCGGGGGGCCGGAGGCGGCUGUCAGAGUCGGCUCAGCCUGCGCGGGGGAACAGCGGCCGCCUCCCGCUCCCGGCCCGGCUCGGCCGCCUCAGCAGUGUGCACAGCAUCAUCAGACGAAUGAGGGACGAGUCCUGGGGUCCGAGGCUGGCGAACCCGUUCGCGGAGGCUAGGCGACAGGGGGCCCCAGCCCUGGCCAACGCAGGAGAGGCUGUGCCUUCACGCCACCGCACGCGCCCCCAUUGGCACCUCCCAUCAUCGAGGGCUCCACCCCUGUCGGGUGGCCUCUACGUGGACUGCAGCCUCUGGUGCGGGUGCCCACAAGGCUCACACUGGGCCCAAUCCAGCCCACCCAGCGGGGGGAAGGAGCCGCCUGCCUGCCUUGGCAGCCAUCUGCCUGCCUUGGCAGCCAUGAGGCCCCCAUGGUGUCCCCUGCAUACUCUCUUCCCAUCGUUCCCACUUCUCCUCCUCCUCCUCCUCUUCCUCCUGGGAGGAGGGGCAGAGGCUGAGCACCCAGAGGACCCGGAGCUGCUGGUGAUGGUGCGUGGGGGCCGGCUUCGGGGCACCCGCCUAAUGGCCCCUGGGGGCCCUGUCUCUGCUUUUCUGGGCAUCCCCUUCGCAGAGCCACCCGUAGGCCCCCGUCGCUUUCUGCCACCGGAGCCCAAGCGACCCUGGCCAGGGGUGCGAGAUGCCACCGCCUUCCAAAGUGUCUGCUACCAAUACGUGGACACCUUGUACCCUGGCUUUGAGGGCACCGAGAUGUGGAACCCAAACCGUGAGCUGAGUGAGGACUGCCUCUACCUCAACGUGUGGACACCGUACCCUCGGCCUAAGACCCCCACCCCUGUCCUCGUCUGGAUCUAUGGGGGUGGCUUCUACAGUGGGGCCUCCUCGCUGGACGUGUAUGAUGGGCGCUUCCUGGCCCAGGCGGAGGGGACUGUGCUGGUAUCCAUGAACUACCGGGUGGGAGCCUUUGGCUUCCUGGCCCUACCAGGGAGCCGGGAGGCACCGGGCAAUGUGGGUCUUCUGGAUCAGAGGCUGGCCCUGCGAUGGGUGCGGGAGAACGUGGCAGCCUUCGGGGGGGACCCGAUGUCGGUGACUCUGUUUGGGGAAAGUGCAGGUGCCGCCUCUGUGGGCAUGCACCUGCUGUCCCCACCCAGCCGGGACCUGUUCCACAGGGCUGUGCUGCAAAGCGGUGCACCCAACGGGCCCUGGGCUACGGUGAGCAUGGGAGAGGCCCGCCGCAGGGCCACACUGCUGGCUCGACUCAUAGGCUGCCCCCCAGGUGGGCCUGGUAGCAAUGACACAGAGUUGGUCACCUGCCUGCGGACACGGCCAGCUCAGGACCUGGUGGACCACGAGUGGCAUGUGCUGCCUCAGGAAAGUGUCUUCCGCUUCUCUUUUGUGCCUGUGGUAGAUGGAGACUUCCUCAGUGAUACCCCGGAGGCCCUCAUCAACGCUGGAGAUUUCCACGGCCUGCAGGUGCUGGUGGGUGUGGUGAAGGAUGAGGGCUCCUAUUUUCUGGUUUACGGGGCCCCAGGCUUCAGCAAAGACAACGAGUCUCUCAUCAGCCGGGCCCAGUUCCUGGCCGGGGUGCGGGUCGGGGUCCCCCAGGUGAGUGACCUGGCUGCCGAGGCUGUGGUCCUGCAUUAUACAGACUGGCUGCACCCUGAGGACCCAGCCCGCCUGAGGGAGGCCAUGAGUGAUGUGGUGGGUGACCACAAUGUCGUGUGCCCUGUGGUUCAACUGGCUGGGCGACUGGCCGCCCAGGGUGCUCAGGUCUAUGCCUACAUCUUUGAACAUCGUGCAUCUACGCUCUCCUGGCCCCCCUGGAUGGGGGUGCCCCACGGCUACGAGAUCGAGUUCAUCUUUGGGCUCCCUCUGGAACCCUCGCUAAACUACACCAUUGAGGAGAGAGCCUUUGCCCAGCGGCUGAUGAAAUACUGGGCCAACUUCGCCCGCACAGGGGACCCCAAUGACCCCCGGGACCCUAAAGCCCCGCAGUGGCCACAGUACACGGGGGUAUCGCAGCAGUACGUGAGCCUAAACCUGCGGCCUCUGGAGGUGCGGCGGGGGCUGCGAGCCCAGGCCUGCGCCUUUUGGAAUGGCUUCCUACCCAAACUGCUCAGCGCCACCGCCUCGAAGGCUCCCAGCACCUGCCCAGGCCCCGCCCACGGGGAGGCUGCCCCGAGGCCCAGGCCCGGCCUCCCCCUGCCCCUCCUUCUCCUCUUCCUCCUCCUCUCCCGGCUCCAGCGGCUGUGACCACGGCCUCCUCCCCCUCCGGCCUCUGGGGGCCCCUCUUCUAAUGAGUGGUCGGGCCGGGGGGAGGGCCCCACUCAGGGAUCUCCGACCCAGCGCCCCUCCCCUUCAAACCAAAAAGCUCACACUGGACAGGGCAUGGGGGAGGGUUGACCUACGAUCCGUCUCAGGGACUCACGCCUUUGUUGUUUAAAUGGAAAAGCCCAUUUCCUUUUUUUAUAAAAUGAUUCCUUGGAGCCUGAGACGUGCUGGGGGGAGAGGGAAGACUCGGGGCUAGCUAGCAACUCCCCGUGGGGCUAUAACCGUCAACCGUUUCUGUCUCUUCUCUUUUUCCCAUCCACCCACGGAUGCUCCCCGCCCCUGAUCCCUUCGGUCCCCUUGUCUUCGGUCAUUUCCCCCCCUCUCUCCUCCCUCCCGCCAAUCCUCCUCUGGCCCCACCUCCACCCUCAUCCUCCCCGGCCUCUCAUGUUUCUCAUAUCUACCUGAUCCUCUUUCCACCAUCCCACGUGCCUCUCCUGUGUCCUCCUGCACUCACAACCCCCACCCGACCUUCUCCACGUCCUCCUCCCACCCACUUGUCGGGCGCCCUGG